GCUGAAACCCGCAAAGACUUGGACUUCCUCCCCAGCUUGCUUGCAGGCAUCCCCACCUCCUCAGGCCAGCUGUGACCCUGCAAAUGUUUCCCAACCUCGCCGCCUGCGCUGCGGGGAAGCCAAGCCCGCAGAAGGGAUGAGGUUGAGAACCAUUUCCAUACAGGAUGCUGCUACCACCAACCUCUGCGGCCCGCACCCUGGAGCAAGAGGACAGACUCAAGGGCCAUGGUGAAUGGCUUGGUGGAGGAUCGCUGAGUCCGAGCCCAGUAGACCGGAGCUCCUGACUGUUGAACCUGUGUCAUUGUUGAGAGAAGAGGAAUCUAUUCAUUGGUUUCUGCGGAUUUGGACUUCCUCUUCUUUGUGUGGCUCGGGGAAGAAGCCUUGCGAAGAUGAAGGUUGGUCUCCUCCUGCUAGUGCUUCUGUGGGAAGCCAAGAGCCAGCCAGCAUCGAGGCCAAACAUCGUCCUGCUGAUGGCCGAUGACCUUGGCGUGGGAGAUCCAGGGUGCUACGGGAACAAGACUCUCAGGACUCCCAACAUUGACAGGCUGGCUACAGGGGGAGUGAAGCUCACACAGCACCUGGCAGCGUCACCGUUGUGCACACCCAGCCGGGCUGCCUUCAUGACGGGCCGGUACCCCGUCCGCUUAGGGAUGUCACCUCGCACCCAGUUGGGAGUUUACAUCUUCAUGGCUUCUUCCGGAGGACUUCCCACCAGUGAGAUGACAUUUGCCAGGCUCCUGAAGGACCAGGGCUACUCCACGGCACUGAUAGGGAAAUGGCACCUUGGAAUAAACUGUCACAGCACAACUGACUUUUGCCACCACCCUUUACGCCACGGCUUCGAUUACUUCUAUGGGAUUCCCAUAACCAACCUGAGGGACUGCAAACCGGGGGCCGGCACCGUCUUCACCUCGGCCUACAGAUCGCUGGUGUUCUUCCCCCUGCAGAUCAUCGGGGUCACUCUGUUCACGUUGGCCGUGCUCCGCUUCCUAAGGCUGAUCCACGUGCCCCUGGGUGUAUUUAUCUUCUUCUUCCUCCUGGCGGCCCUGAUCCUGGUCCUUUUCCUGUGUUUCCUCCAUUACUUCCGGCCCCUGAACUGCUUCCUGAUGAGGAACUAUGAGGUCAGCCAGCAGCCCAUGUCUUUUGACAACCUCACCCAAAGGCUGACGCUGGAAGCCACUGAGUUCAUACGACGGAAUGCUGAGAAACCGUUCCUCCUUUUCCUGUCCUAUCUCCACGUGCACACGGCUCUCUUCUCUUCCAAAGAUUUUGCAAACAAAAGUCGCCACGGCGCUUACGGGGACACGGUGGAGGAGAUGGACUGGAGCGUGGGGCAAGUUCUAAAUGUGCUGGAUGAGCUGGGACUGUCCGAGGAUACCCUGGUCUACUUCACAUCGGACCAAGGAGCCCAUGUAGAAGAAGUGACGACCAAGGGAGAAAUGCAUGGAGGAAGCAACGGAAUCUAUAAAGGAGGAAAAGCAAAUAAUUGGGAAGGAGGUAUUCGGGUUCCAGGCAUCCUUCGAUGGCCAAGGGUGAUCCAGGCUGGUUUGGAGAUUGAUGAACCAACAAGCAACAUGGAUAUCUUUCCCACAGUCGCAAAACUGGCCGGAGCAUCACUGCCCCAAGACAGGGUCAUUGACGGGAGAGAUCUGAUGCCCCUGAUCCAAGGAAAAAACCGACACUCAGAUCACGAGUUUCUCUUCCACUACUGCAACGCCUACUUAAACGCUGUGCGCUGGCACCCACGGAACAGCAAGUCGAUCUGGAAAGCCUUCUACUUCACACCCAAUUUCAAUCCUGGGAGUGCCAAUGGAUGCUUUCAAACGCACGUGUGUUUCUGUUUCGGGAGUUUCAUCACCCACCACGACCCGCCUCUGCUGUUCGACAUUUCCAGAGAUCCACGUGAGAGAAACCCUUUGACUCCAAUCACGGAGCCGCGUUUCCACGACAUUCUCAGAAUCAUGCAGGAAGCCGCCGACAACCACACCAGGAGCCUGGUGGAGGUCCCCAACCAGCUGUCUUUGUGGAACGUAUUUUGGAAACCGUGGCUCCAGCUCUGCUGUCCCUCAGCCUCUUCUUUUCUGUCUUGCCAAUGUGACAGAGAAAAACAGGGCCAGAAAAUGAGCCAGUAGCCUUGAGCCAUUCUGUGUCUGGAGACGGAUGGAUGCAUGUUCCCGAAUCCCUGAAUCUGCCGUCUUCAUCACAAAUGCUCCAUCUUCUCUUGCUGCCUAGGAUGUGUAGCGAUUCUCUCUCCUAUCCCCAGAAGUCACGGGCAAGACAUCAGUGGUUUCCCAGCGGACCAAGGUUAGGGCUUGCUUGCAGGGUCUGCAGCAGAACGUUAUGACCUGAUGGCUUUCAUGGCCACGGUCUAGUGGACUGGGCGUUGCAGGGUGAAUGGGUCCAUCACUCCUUACACCUGUGCAGACAGGUGAACCAGAUGGAGUGCUCAUCCCCCAGCUCUCAGGAUCAUGUUUAUUGCCUGAUCUUUUCUGCUUACCUCCAGGGCCUCCGAGCACAGUGGCAAGAAGACAACUACAGUUUAAAGACUUCAGUAGAUGUUAACAUAUUCAGCUUUAUAAUAAAUGAAGAGCCGUCCUCUUUCCUGAUCAAAGAGGAUGGUGCGUUCCUAUUUGGUUAUAGGAAGGCAACUCAGUAUUAUUGUUAUGACAGCAAACAGUAAAUGCUUUCCACCGUAUAGAUAGAUAAACAGAUGUGUGGAUACAUAUAUGUAUGGUUUCUUUCCUUGAGAAGUUUAAGAUGUGUGGGGAAUGUCGGCAUUUAUCACUGUUUAAGUAAAUGUAAUCAAAGGGCCUAAAGAGAUUUGGGCAGUGAAUCUAUUGCAAAAUCUAUCAACACAAAUAAGCCCAAGACAGAGCUCUUCCGAACUGAUUUCCAGUCCAUUAUCAGAAGUGGUAUAUCUUCUAGUUUUUUGUUUUGCUUUUUUGGUGAGUGAAACUGGGAGUGGGGGUGAGGGUGCUUCUACAUCCUCAGGAACAUAAUUCAGAAUUACUAACAUGGAAAAUACAUGCUGCCCGGGGAUGGCAAGGAGUGUAACCCAUUAUUUCUAUACAUAAAAGACAUGAUCUUGAUUUUGACGCAAGAAAUGGUGAGGAGAAAUCAUUAGGUAAUGUUGAUACUUUUCAGUGCUUUUUGCUUUUAAUCUUGUGACUGAAGAACGUAAGUUUGUGAUCGACCAUUAGAUAUGAGAUGUGAUCACAUACAUAAAAUAUGUGACUUCAGUUUUAAUUCUUCCCCCAAACCUCCAUAGUUCCAGAAAAAUCAUAACUAGGUCACAGAGGAGAUGGUCAUAUGUUUCCAAGUAGGUCUUAGGGAGCUAUUCCUCCACCAUUGGGCUUUGGAAUCUGUCAUUUCUUUUCCAUGCAGUGCGUCCUCCAACCAAAUUAGAUGCCUUUAUGAGUAAAUGGAGAAAAGACAAGAUGUCCCUGCUUACUGGUCUUCCAUCAAUUUGGGGCACACAUGUGGGCGUGCUCUGUUUGCCCAGCACGGAUCUCCCUAAGAUCGCUCAGGUGAAUGGGUUACUUAGAGGUCUUGUGGCCAUUUGGAGAGAGAUUGAUGUCUGCCUUGGGCUUUCUGAAAGUUGAUCCAAAUGUCCUGUGUUCCUCUACAAACCAACUCCCAGAAUUCCACAUCAUUUCACCAGCUUUUUCUCAUAGCUCUUCUAUUUGAUUUUUGCUUGCCUUUUCUGGAGAACAAAACAAAAUGCCAUAAAAUGAAUGGGAUUCUUUCUACUAACUUGAAUUCCUUAGCCUGGAAAUUAUGUGAAAUCUGUUAGUUUUAGGAAAUGUCCUUCCCCAAAAGCGAAUAGUAAAGUUGGUGAUGUGUAGAGAUUUUCCCUGAAAGCAUGAAGGAAAUUGGUGAUUUCUAAACACAGACUUUAGCAUGACAUUGUUUACUGGAGAAACCAAUGCAAACGGACUCAUAGGACACACUGAAGGUUGUUGGGUGGGGGUGUCAGUGGACUUAGUAGAAAAGAAUCACUGUCAUGGUGCUACGACCCAUCUGGCUAUGGAAUUCAUUAUUUAAUGUAGGAAAUGUCAACAGGAUAUAAAACACAAAAUACAUCUCUUUCUGCAUAGGCACUGAGCUUAAAAGUGCCUCAAAAUUAAACUUCAGGGGAUUUCAAAAUCAUGUUUAUUUCUAAUGACCCUGGAUUUCACAUCAUUUACCAUCUGAAAGUUCUGCUUUGAAUGAAUAAUAAGAAAUUUUAUUUUGGGGGAGAGUGGGGGAGAAGUCCAGGAACAACUUAACAAAUCUCGAAGGCACUGCUCUUGUGCAUUGUUGUAAUAAUUUUACAGAGCUGUAAGGCAUGGCUACAUAUUUUCAGAGCAUCCUAUAGAUACUACUUCUCUAAUUCUGUAUCCAGACCUCACUGCAUUUUGAGACUUUCAGCAAGUUCUUUGAAGCGAAAUUCAGGGCUGGGGAUUUAGGUCAGUGGUUCUGCUGCCAGCCUCACAAGCACGGGGUCCCGAGUUGGAUUCCCGGUACCAUAAAUAAAUAAAUUCAUUCAUUCAUUCAUUCAUUCAUUCAUUCAUAUUCCUGGCAUUAUAUCAAUGUCAAAAGUUAAGCAAACAGUUCGGUAAUGUGUACUUGGGCAUCAUUUUUACCAGGUCUCUGGCCCUACAGGAAAAACAAGAUUGCAACUGACAUAUCUAUGUAAGGGGGGCUUGAAAAGAGGAGGGCAGUGUGUCAAAGUCCCCUGAAGGACAUGCAAUGUAGAACGAGCAAAAAACAAAUAAAAAAA